AUGGAGGCCCAAGAAGUUGCAGGAUCUCAGUUCUCUGUUUCGCAGCAGGAGUCAUCUGCAAAGGGUGCAGUUUUAGAAAAUGCAUUAGAUAUAAAGGUAAAUUAAUCAUUUUUUAUUAUUAAAAUGACUUCCUCAUAUGAUUUUUUUUGAUGUUCCAAAUUGAAGUAAUUAUUACUUCAAAAUGAUGUUACUGGUUUUGAAAAUAACUGUUGCGAUGAAUAUGCAGGUAUUUCUACAUGUGACAAGGUUUUAAAAGUGAAGUUCAUCAUUAUUUAUUACUGUUUUGUAGGUUGAGAAAUUCAGCAUUUCUGCUCGUGGUAAAGAUCUGUUUGUCAAUGCAAAUCUUAACAUCACUGCUGGUCGUCGGUAUGGCUUGGUUGGACCAAAUGGGUGAGAUACUCACUGUUGUGGGGGCCUGUGCUUCCAGUAGAUGAAAGUAAUACUGAUGAUGUAAAUAUUAAAUUAUGGUGGAGCACCAUGGGAAACAAAAUUUGAUUAUCUAUGCAUGCAAGAAAUUUUGGUUCUGAGAAGAUCAUCCAUACUUACAUCCAUAUGUAUUUCCAUCCCUUCAUGUAAGCCAGGGUGUAGACUGAGAGAUAAAAAAAAAAAACAAAGGAGAUGAAUUUGUUGGAAGAAAAACGUGAAAAGUUUAUAGCAGCAGUGAGAAAAUGAGAAAUGCUAGUGGCCACCAAGGUGAAAAUGAGCGGCAAUGAAAAAUAUAACAAACAAAGAGGAACACAUACAAGAUUUCCUCAAACAUGUAACAAGGAAGUUUCACGUUGUAGUCAUGCAAAACAACAACAGAGAAAUGUACAAAAAAGUGUGCCGCAUGAGCAAAGUUGUUUUUUUGCUAAUUAUGACCUACAGAUUUUUUUGUCAUUCUCGUAGCUGAUCGCCAUUUAGUGUUACGUGAUUUUAUUUUUUGUUUGAGUAUAAGUAUAUUAACAAAAGCUUUGCUUUUAGCUAGCCCUGGCUAAAUCUGUAUAUUAACCUUUAUUACAAGAGGGUGAUAUUCAGUCCUGAUGGCAUAGUGGUUUAUAUAAUGGCUCUAUUUUUACACGUACUCUUAAAACUAGACUAAUGUUAAGUGAGAGUAUUAUUCUUAUUAUACUGUAAGUAAAAGGCAUAAUGUAAUCAAAAUGUUAAGGUCUCCCAUGAAAUACAAAUACUGUUUGGGUGUUUUAACCAUGUGACAUGCAGAUUACAUACUGCUUCUGCUUAACCUAUAAGUAAAAUGUUUAUUUGCUUAGGUUGACCAGUUCCUGGCAGGGUCAUCACAACAAUGCAUGGUGCCAAUAAUUUUACUGCAGGCCUGUAACGGUCCCUCACCCCUCAUAAGAGAUAGACCACCACACUGGAGACUACAUCCCCUCCCCUUUACUAACAGUGUGUGGGUUCUUUGACAUCCCACAGAAUUUAUAGUGGUGUAAAUGAUUGUGCAAGGAUUGUGAGAUAGGGCCUAUAUGGUUUAUCGCCCUUAUAUUAUCCGAGAAGACUAAAAAAUCUAACCAUUUGCAGAUGUCUUUAAUAGAUGUCUUUUACUGCCGCCUGGUUGGCUCAAUUGGGAGAGCACCGGUCUACUGAGCGGGAGGUCACAGGUUCGAACCCUGGCCGGACCAACACUCAGGGUCUUUAAAUAACUGAGAAGAAAGUGCUGCCUUUGUAAUGACAUCUGCAAAUGGUUAGACUUUCUAGUCUUCUCGGAUAAGGACGAAAAACUGUAGGUCCUGUCUCACAGCACUUACACUUAUCUGGUUCUUGUGGGAACCCACACCACUGUUCAAAAAGAGUAGGGGGCGUAGACCCUGGUGUUGUGGUCAACCUACACACAUCACAUCAUUCACAUCAUGGGCUGGGUGGGUACAGUAAGCUCAUAAAUGGACUGAGAGCGGCUGCCAGUGGUGCCUUUGUGUGCUGACAUCCGAGCUUACUAUAUAAUAUAUUGUAAGAGGGCACGUCUGUUGUCCUCUCAUCCACAACUCUUCAUUCAUUCUCUUCAAAGGCAGCACUUUCUCCUCCCUGAUUCAAAGACCCUGAGUGUUGGUCUGGCCAGGAUUUGAACCAGCAGCCUCCUGCUCAGCAGCCUGGUACUUAUUCAAUUAAGCUAACCGAGUGGCUUAAUUGUCACACCAUUUUACUAAGUUCAUGUAAAAUAAGUAUGUUGUUUUUAAUUCUUCUCUUAACAGCAUGGGAAAAACAACUCUUUUAACACAUAUUGCUGCCAGAAAGCUUGCCAUUCCUCCAAACAUUGAUGUCUUACUUUGUGAGCAAGGUAAGUGAGUGAAGCUGCUCUUUUGUUCCUUGUGGGAAAAAAAAUAUAGAAAAACUGAAUCAUUCUGCAUACUGGUAUCUCGUAUUUCCUUAGAUGUGGAAGCUACUGAGGCACCUGCAUUUGAUGUGGUGUUGAAGGCUGACAAGAAGCGACUUGAGUUACUGGAAGAGGUUUGUUACUUUUUUAUUAUAUUGUAG